UCAAAUCACUCGGAAACCUAACUGAAUCUACCAAACCGAAAUACAAAUCGAACAAGCCCAUAUGCAAAAUAUUAACGGGCGUCCCGCGUACACCGCCGAUCAUUUUUCUCUGCUAAGCGCCAACUAUGGUGCUCGGAGAAGGUAGAAACAAUAACACGAUCGCAAGUCGACGAUAAGGUUCAGCGGAAGAUUAUCAUUUUUUUGCAAUGCUACAGUGGAUGGGUGGAUCAAGACGGAAAGUUGUCACUGUAAGUUGUGGCUGAAACUGCAUUGUACUCCAUCCUCUUCUUGUUCCAGCUUAUAUGCUGGAAGCCAUGCACUUCCAUUACAUAAAUACUCAAUAAUUCGUCAUAUUUCUUCUGAAGUAGUACGUUAAGCAAUCACUAGGGGUAUGCAUUCAUUUGUGUAAAAUAGGGGUGUUUAUCUGAAUCCUCAACUAUCUCAGGCUUGUCAGGUGUUACUAGUGUAACAGUGUCGCUCUAACACUACCCUCUUGUUUUAUCUGUUUUACAUCAACCUUACCCUCCUCCUUCCAUGCCAUUUUCAUGAUUCUGGGUGGAGAUUAGUCAAGGAAUUCAACACUGAAAAGGCAAAAGCAAUACUUUGAGCAAAGAAAACUAAAACACCGGCAUAGUCAGGCAGAUCUGGGGAAGUACUAUGGAAGUAGCCCAUAUAAUCAGCAACAUGAAAAUAGUACAUCACUGGAUGUUCUUAGUCUUCUGAACCUUUCAGCUGUUUCUGGAGAACCUAUCUCAGGAAAUAUUGAAGGUGUUACUCCCUCUCCAAACUAUCAGACCAGGUUGUGUCCUCAAACUGCUCAGGCCAAUGAAGUUACUCAAAUUAGUCCCCUUAGGAUCAAGCCGGAAGGUGUUGCUUCCACAAUCGAAAGUCCAGCAUGUGAUCUUGCUGAUACUGUAUGUCCAAGAAAUUUUCCAGUUGGUGCACCUGAAUCCCAGGGGAAAAAGCUGAAGGGUGAUUGGAACACCUUAAAUCAAUCGAUGAUGUCAACAGAGAACCCGCUAUCUGUUAUUGAUAUUCUAGGUGAUGAUUGUCCAAAUAGGAACCUUGAAGAAAAUGUAGGGCAUGAAGCUCAUGUUGCCUUUUCAAUUCAAGGUUUAGGUAAAGUGGACACAGAAACACCUGUUCAUUCACCAGAGAGGCCUGGAAGGAAUUUCUCUUAUGGACAGUAUUUGCCAUUGAAAGAGAGGAUGAAAACUCUCUCAUCAGUCAAAACUACCAGCAGGCCUGACCUCAAGCAUAAAUUGGAUGCUGUCAUGAGGGAUAUCGGAACAUCCAUAUACAGAAGUCCAGUAGAACCAUCUGUUAGAUCUAUGGUCUCUGAUGAUUUAUUUGGCAGCCCAAGGCAGGACUUGUUAUCUAACAAAAAAUCUUCUCCAGUCACUAAUUAUUAUACUAGUUUUGAGGAAAAUUUGGAAGCUGGGGAGCUCUUUGGCAAAGAGAGAAGAAAAAACAUUCAAAAUGCAACUUCCUCGGGUCUACCUUAUGGAAUUAGUGACCAAGAAGACUAUGGUUUACCUUGUAAGAACGAGUUAGAUCAAAUGGAGUUUUGUUCAAGUAGUCAAAAUGAGGGUAGAAGUUAUGAUCACCAAGAUUUCACCUUUGAUGAGACCCGCCAGUGGAAGAAAAGGUAGUAUUUUUUAAUGACGCUUCUAGAACCAUGUGACUCAUUAUUCAAAACGGAUUUAAUUAUGUGUGUGCAGCACCAACACGCAAUCACCAUUUGAGAUCAAUUACCAAGGCUGCCCUUCUUCAUAUUCCAAGUGGCAGAUGCAACAGUACUUUGAAGAUUCAGACCCGAAUAUGAAAUGCAACUACUCUACGGGAACUAGUGAAUAUCGUUGUGUGGACAACAAAAAGCGGACAGCUUCCUCAUUCUCUACAAUUGAUGACACCAUGGGUUGUUUCAGUUUUCGGAGUGAAAGGUGAUUUGUUCGAAUGCACCAGAAACCGCCAUGACAUGCAUCUUCAUAAAAAGACGAUGGAGACCAAAACUAGAUUCUGCAAUGAUAGCUGGCCAGGAAGCUUCUCAGAUUACCCAACUACUGCUAAAAAGAGAUGGUUUGAUCCGAAUCCCCAUCGGUUCUCAGAUGACAUAUUCAUUGCAAAUGAAGAAGAAGACAUUAUGGGUGGACAAGAUCCCUAUAACGAACAUCCAUUUUCUUCUGCUCAACCUCCGUUACUUUUCAAGAAACACAGAGGUUUUCCUGGUGAACACUCACAUUGCUACAAAAGAAUGUCGGAAGAACCUAGUAUCAUCCCAAAACCAGCCAUAAUCAUAAUCUCGAAUGGUAUAUCUGGUGGAUCAAGUGUGCCAGGCCGAUUUCAGACUUCCCAGGCUAGCAUUGUUUCUUCAUCAUCCGACCUGGAAGACAAGUGUGGUGACACUAGAAAUGAACCAAGAUGCAUUACUCCUAAAGCAUCUGUGAAUACAAAUGCAUCUAAACCUAUUGAAUAUGGUGACGAGGCUUCUUCUUGUGCAGAGUUUCCGGCAGCAACUAAGGAAGUUCAUGGGUCUGGAGAUCCUACUAACGAUAUAUCUUAAUAACGUGAUUUGUUACUGGGUUGGCUUUAAUAAACCAAAAAAAUAUUUUAAUGUUACUGUUAUUGAAUUGGGUUAUCUUCUACGCACAAGGCUUAACUUCAUACACUUGUACCAAAAUACUUACACACUGGGGGCUUAACUUGAUACAUUUGUACCAAAAUACUUAACACACUGGCUCCAUUGAUCACUUGAUU